GCUCCCUCCCUGCUCGCGCGCGCUCCCCAGUCAGUCUCUGUUUCGCGCUCUCUCUCUCUGUGGAUGCAGGAACCGUCCAGACACUUGCACAAGAACAUAAAAUAAACACAAACAAUGACAUUAUCUGCAACGACCCGACAGAAACACGGCAUUAUCUGACUGACUGAAACUAUCCCGCGCUUUUUCUGCACGCCGAUUGCCGCCUCAGUCCACCCCUGUGACCAGAGGCUAGGACCAUGAUGCUCAGCAGCUCAGUGGACGUACCCAGCCCAGGCGGGAUGAGUGCAGUGGCAGCCCGAAAUGUGGUCCGCAGUUCCAGCAUCAGUGGAGCCAUGUACAGCUUGGAGAAAAGCCCCAGCAGCACAGGACCCGACGGCACCAGCCUGACCGGAAACAAGAAGCGUCGCUCCAGCCUCGGAGCCAAGAUGGUGGCUAUUGUGGGUCUGUCACAGUGGAGCAAGAGCACACUGCAACUCAACCAGCAAGAUGGCGGAACCAAGAAGCUGCGCAGUACCAUCCGGCGGAGCACAGAGACGGGUAUUGCAGUGGAGAUGAGGAACCGCGUCACACGGCAGGGCAGUAAGGAUUCAACAGACGGAAGCACCAACAGCAACAGCUCUGACGGAACGUUCAUCUUCCCCACCACUCGCCUGGGCCCUGAGAGCCAGUUCAGUGAUUUUCUGGAUGGCCUUGGUCCUGCUCAGAUAGUGGGGCGUCAGACAUUAGCCACACCAUCAAUGGGUGAUGUGUACAUCGGUGUGGUGGACAGAGGAGGUCAGUUAGAGGUCGAGAUUACACAGGCCCGAAGUCUGACCCCUAAACCAGGCUCCAAGAACAUUCCAGCAACAUAUAUAAAGGUUUAUGUCCUGGAGAACGGGAUGUGUCUUGCUAAGAAGAAAACCAAAGUGGUGAAGAAAACCCUGGAUCCAACCUUCCAGCAGUCCCUGAUGUUUGAUGAGAGCCCGCAGGGGAAAGUGCUACAGGUGAUCGUGUGGGGUGAUUACGGCCGCAUGGACAGCAAGUGUUUCAUGGGAAUGGCUCAGAUCCUCCUGGAUGAUCUGGAUCUGUCAUCGAUGGUGGGGGGUUGGUACAAGCUUUUCCCCACCUCCUCUCUGGCAGACCCCAGCAUCGGCCCCCUGACCCGCCGCCUGUCCCAGUCCUCCCUCGAGAGUGCCACCAGCCCUUCAUGCACCUAGACACAUACCAUCAAGAUACGCCUGUGUCGUCUAUCUAUACGUGUGUAUCUUUGUUCAAUAUACCCCGCCACCAACCCCAAAAGCAUGAAUACACACUCUGAUAGAUGCAGCCAACUCGCCCCGGAGCCGAAAUGCUCCAAUUUACGGAUACAGAUUUUAAGAGUUGGAUACAAAAUCAGAUUAUGAAUCAAUUAAUACACACAAGCAUAGAUGGAUAUGGCUGUAACCAGCAACAUGCGGUUGUUGGGACGUCCUGAAUUAGUUAGGGCUAGUUGCAUACCGAUCCAUUGUCCGCCAGUCAAUAAAUGGGGCAUUUAAUAAAUCUGCUCAGAUACAUUACUGACGAUGUAGCAUUUGUGUUGGCAUCAUGUCACACUAGAAGCUGAACACGUUUGACUAGCAGAUCCAGACCCCUCGAGGGGGUCAAUCAUUUCUCUAUGCCAAACCCGAUCAAAGUUUUAUUUUUUAAAAACCAAAGCAAUUGUUAUUAUCUGUAGUGUUAUAUUAUAGAGUAUGGAAAUGUAGCAGAGUCAAUGACUUAGAUGAGAUGCAAAAAACAGUUGUGUUUAAAAAAAAUGAAGGUGGUCACAUUAGCAAAAUGUAGGCGAAAUUUCAAGGGCGUCCAAUUUCCAAUGCCAAUAGUGUAGCGAUAUAGGAAGCACAGCUCUCACAGAAAUCAAACGAAGCAAUUUUUGUUGUGAAAAUACUGGAGUGAACGCAUAGAUUCCCAUCGGAAUUGGGAUUUGCCUAGGGAAUUUCGCAGAGCAACAGUAAAUGUGACCGCACAUGUAGACUACAUACACAAUUCAACUUUUAAAGGGCAGGGCUUUACUCCACAUGUCAGGUUAUUUAUUAGAAAUGCACACGAUUCCUAUCGCAUAAAGUAGCGUAUUCUUUAAUUCUUCUUUUGGAGAGCUGAAUAAAUAAAUAUAUAGAUC